AUGGGUAAACUGCUGAUCUGGACUGGUCUGGCCUUCCUGCUGCACCUGCAGCUAGGAUCGUCCUACAUCCUUUCAUGUUACUUCACUAACUGGGGCCAGUACAGACCAGGAGCUGGGAAGUAUUUCCCCAAGAAUGUCGACCCAUGCUUAUGUGACAUUAUGAUCUAUGCCUUUGCUGGAAUGAACAACAACCAGAUCAGCACCUACGAGUGGGAUGAUGCUACCCUCUACCAGCAGUUCAACGGCCUCAAAAACCAGAAUGGGAACCUGAAGACCUUGCUGUCUGUUGGUGGUUGGAACUUUGGAACAGCUAAGUUCUCUGCCAUGGUUGCCACUUCUGCAACCCGCCAGACCUUCAUCCAGUCUGUGAUCAAGUUCCUCAGGGGCUACGAAUUUGAUGGCUUGGACAUUGACUGGGAAUAUCCUGGCUCCAGAGGCAGUCUCCCUCAGGACAAACAGCUCUACACUGUCCUUAUGCAGGAAAUGCUGGCAGCUUUUGAGGCUGAGGCCAAACAGACCAACCGCCCUCGUCUCAUGAUCACCGCUGCCGUGGCUGCUGGAAAGUCCAACAUUGACUCUGGAUAUCAGAUCGCUGAGGUUUCUCAGUACCUUGAUUACCUCAAUGUCAUGACCUAUGACUUCCACGGAUCCUGGGAGACCCAGACUGGCGAGAACAGCCCACUGUACAAGGGACCCGCUGACCAGGGCAGCUACAUCUACUUCAAUGUGGAAUAUGCCAUGAACUACUGGAAGAGCAAUGGUGCUCCAGCUGAGAAACUGUUGGUUGGCUUCCCCACCUAUGGACACACCUUCGUCUUGGCCAAUCCCUCCAACAAUGGCGUAGGAGCUUCCACUACUGGACCAGGACCUGCUGGCCCCUACACCAGGCAAUCCGGCUUCUGGGCCUACUAUGAGAUCUGCACCUUCCUCGGUCAGGGAGCGACUCAGGCUUGGGAUUCUGCUCAGGACGUCCCAUAUGCAUACAAUGGCAACCUGUGGGUCGGCUAUGACAACGAGAAGAGCUUCAAGAUCAAGACUAACUGGCUCAUGCAGAACAACUUUGGAGGUGCUAUGGUCUGGAGUCUUGAUCUGGAUGACUUCUCUGGCACAUUCUGUAACCAGGGCAGGUACCCUCUGAUCAACACCCUGAAGAGCGCUUUGGGAAUAAACACCUCUGGCUGCACCGCCCCCGCCAACCCUCUGCCCCCAAUCACCCAGGCUCCCAACCCUCCAGCUGGUGGUGGAAGCGGUAGUGGAGGCAGCAGCAGCGGCAGUGGAGGAAGCAGCAGUGGAGGCAGCGGAUUCUGUGCUGGUAAAGCCAAUGGCCUCUACCCCGAUACCUCCAACAAGAACCAUUUCUGGCACUGCAUGAAUGGUGUCACCUACAACCAGAACUGCGCUGCUGGCCUGGUUUUCGAUGCCAGCUGCUCAUGCUGCAACUGGCCUUGAGCACAAAUCAGAUAGCCAGUGUUCCUGAAUGGUGUGCAUCAUGACCUGCAUGUCAUAAGAGCUUGAUAUGUUCAAAUAAAUGGAAAGAAUACAAAGCAA